CAGUAGUCAUCUAGAGAUGGCGGCGCUCAAGAUCGUCUUUGGGGUUCUAGCUCUGGGCUCCAGGGUGCUGACGUCAGAACUCUCUCUCCGCGCUGAUGAUGUAGAGCUGACCCUGGAACCGCAACUCACUGGAGGAUUCCACCUCGUGCUGACUAAAGAUGGAGAUAGAACAGAAUAUGGACACAUCGGCAGAACAUUCUACUCGGUGUUUACAUCAGAACAGAUAGAAGGCGGGGUACUCAUCAGAAUAGGAAGUGCCAACCUGACAAUCCACACGCUGUAUGAUGAGGAGGCUGAAGCUAGGGGAAUCAAGUUACGUUGGAACUCUGAGGAUCCCGUGCGGUUUGAAGACUGCUUGGACUUUGGUUCUAAGCACUGGUAUGGCGGGCCAAUGCAGGUGGACCAAAUGUAUCCGAUAGAAAAAGCGAACCUUCAAUACUCAGCGUAUGUAUCCAAAGAGGAGGACAACGGUGCGAUAGUCGAAAGAUACUGGCUGAAUUCAGCAGGUGAAUACAUCUACGUACAUCCGCAAGUACCACUAUUCGUUGACUAUGGAACAUUGCAAUACAACCACAUCUGCUUUGGAGCUCAAAUCGCUGAACCUUACUCCACCAGGAGGACUCACACCGAACUUUCUUACGACAUUUGGUUCUUAUCUGACGUGAAAGCUGCCCAUAAGCACGCGGUAGCAAAUUACCUGGGCAAGCCAUCCGACGUCCCAGAUUAUAGGAUGGUGCAGCACCCUAUUUGGUCGACCUGGGCACAGUACUCUUACAACAUCAGUGGGCAGAAAGUCUACGACUUCGCCACAGAAAUUAGAGCUCAUGGCUUCAACGAUUCUCAAAUCGAAAUUGAUGAUCUCUGGGAGGUGUGCUACGGAUCUCUAGAGGUGGAUACGAAUAGAUUCCCCAAUAUUACUCAUUUAGCUGAGGAACUCAAAGGACUUGGUUUCCGUGUCACUAUUUGGGUACACCCAUUCAUCAAUAGCAAUUGCGAGCCAUGGUAUUCAGAAGCCUUAAGUAACAACUAUCUAGUCCUCGAUGAGAAUGAAACCCCAGCAGCCAACUGGUGGAACACAAAUGGAUCGACACCAAGUCUAGUUGACUUCACCAACCCAAGAGCUGCAGAGUGGUGGUACCAACGAGUGAAGAACCUCAUCGACACUCACAAUAUUGACAGCAUCAAGUUCGACGCUGGAGAAAGUAGCUUCUCACCUCAGAUACCAGUUCAACAGGGUGAUAUCGACCUUCAUCCACACAACAUCGUAGAGGCCUACGUAAGAACUUGCGCAAGAUUUGGGAACAUGGUUGAAGUCAGAUCAGCUUUUAGAACCCAGGACCUGCCGAUCUUCGUGCGCAUGGUAGACCGUGAUUCCAUCUGGGGGAUCAACAACGGUCUCCCGACCAUCAUCACCACAUCCCUCCAAAUGACUCUCAACGGUUACCCUCUGGUGUUGCCCGAUAUGAUCGGAGGAAAUGGCUUCAAUUUGAACCAUGAGCAAGCUGAUUUGCCAACAAAGGAGCUGUUCAUACGUUGGGUCCAGGCGAAUACCUUCCUACCAGCGAUGCAGUACUCCUUUGCACCAUGGAAUUUUGAUAACGAGACUGUGGAAAUAACCCGCAAGUACACGGAGCUACACGCCGCAUAUGCGGACGAGAUAUAUGCGGCCAUGCAAGGCGCUGUGGAGCAUGGCUCGCCUGUAGUGGCGCCGCUGUGGUGGCUGGACCCAACGGAUGAAGAGACCCAUGUUAUAUGGGAUGAAUUCCUACUUGGGGAGAACAUUCUAGUAGCACCAGUAUUAACUGAAGGGGCCACCGCCCGUGACAUCUACCUACCUUCCGGCACGUGGCUGGAAGAAGGAGACCGUGAGAGAGUCCACGAGGGACCUACCUGGAUCAGGAGCUAUCCUGCUCCCUUGCACGUCCUGCCCUACUUCGUGAGGGAAAGUGACAACGAACCUGACUCUGCCCCCUCACUAAAUGCUGCUAUGCUUUUGGUGGUGUUAGCUGUUGUUAAUAUUCUGUUUAAUUGAAUGUAAUAAAUACUGAGUGUGUAA